AUGCCCAUCACCCAGGACAAUGCCGUGCUGCACCUGCCCCUCCUCUACCAGUGGCUACAAAACAGCCUUCGGGAGGGCGGGGACGGGCCCGAGCAGCGGCUCUGCCAGGCAGCCAUCCAGAAGCUGCAGGAAUAUAUCCAGCUGAAUUUGGCUGUGGAUGACAGUGCGGUCCCACCCGACCACAGCCCCCCAGAAAUGGAGAUCUGUACUGUGUACCUCACAAAGCAGCUGGGAGACACGGAGACCGUAGGCCUCAGUUUUGGGAACAUUCCUGUUUUUGGAGACUAUGGAGAGAAACGCAGAGGGGGCAAGAAGAGGAAAACCCACCAGGGCCCCGUGCUGGACGUGGGCUGCAUCUGGGUGACGGAGCUGAGGAAGAACAGCCCAGCAGGGAAGAGCGGGAAGGUCCGGCUCCGGGAUGAGAUCCUCUCCCUCAACGGGCAGCUGAUGGUCGGAGUGGAUGUUAGUGGCGCCAGUUACCUGGCUGAGCAGUGCUGGAAUGGCGGCUUCAUCUACCUGAUCAUGCUGCGGCGCUUCAAGCACAAAGCCCAUCCUACUUACAAUGGCCACAGCAGCAACAGCUCUGAAGCGGGCGACAUACCUACCUUGGAGCUGGGUGACCAAACUUCAAAAAAGGGGAAAAGAACAAGAAAGUUUGGAGUCAUUUCCAGACCUCCUAGCAACAAAGUCCCAGAAGAGCCGAAGAGCAGCGCUGGCAGUGAGUUGGCCGAUGACCCCAGCUCUGAGCAGGAGAAAUGUACGGACCCUGAACUUGGAAGCGGGCAUGGCUUGGAGCUGGAAAAUGGCCCACAUUCUCUCAAGGAGGUGACUGGGGCUCAUGUAGAAAAGACAGAGGCGGACAGAGGAGCAGAGAAUAGAGUUCCAAAGACAGAUGCACCUCUGGCCACCAGCAAUGACAAACGCCGCUUCUCAAAAGCUGGCAAGCCGGACUGCCAAUCAAGUGACUGCCUAGCACGGGAGGAAGUUGGCCGAAUAUGGAAGAUGGAGCUGCUCAAAGAGGCAGAUGGGCUGGGAAUUCAGGUUAGUGGAGGCCGAGGAUCAAAGCGCUCACCUCACGCUAUCGUUGUCACCCAAGUGAAGGAAGGAGGUGCUGCUCACAGGGAUGGCCGACUGUCCCUAGGAGAUGAGCUGCUGGUCAUCAAUGGUCACUUAUUGGUUGGCCUAUCCCAUGAGGAAGCUGUGGCCAUUCUCCGCUCAGCUACUGGCAUGGUGCAGCUGGUGGUAGCCAGCAAGGAAAGCUCUGCAGAGGACCUGCUCAGGUUAACGUCUAAGAGCUUACCUGAUCUUACCAGCUCGGUAGAGGAUGUGUCCUCCUGGACUGACAACGAAGACCAGGACCCAGAUGGAGAAGAGGAAGAAGGGACAGGUUCAUCUUCCGUCCAGGGAGCAAUACCCGGGAUGGAGGAACCCCAGGAAGAAUCCAAGGAGAGCUCAGAAAGCCCCAAACAGAACAACAGUAAGCUGAAGCUCAAGAGUCGCCUUUCAGGAGGUGUCCACCGCCUAGAGUCUGUUGAAGAAUACAAUGAGCUGAUGGUACGCAAUGGGGACCCUCGAGCCAGGAUGCUGGAGGUCUCCCGAGAUGGCCGAAAACACUCCCUUCCCCAGCUGCUGGACUCCUCUGGGUCAUCUCAGGAAUACCACAUCGUGAAGAAGUCCACCCGCUCCCUGAGCACCACCCAUGUGGAAUCUCCAUGGAGACUCAUCCGGCCGUCUGUCAUCUCCAUCAUUGGGUUGUAUAAAGAAAAAGGCAAGGGCCUUGGCUUUAGUAUUGCUGGAGGUCGGGACUGUAUUCGAGGCCAGAUGGGAAUUUUUGUCAAGACCAUUUUCCCAAAUGGAUCAGCUGCAGAGGACGGAAGACUUAAAGAAGGUGAUGAAAUCCUAGAUGUAAAUGGAAUACCAAUAAAAGGCCUGACAUUCCAAGAAGCCAUUCACACCUUUAAGCAAAUCCGGAGUGGGCUGUUCGUCUUAACAGUGCGCACAAAAUUGUUGAGCCCCAGCCUGACGCCUUGCUCCACCCCGACGCACAUGAGCAGAUCCAGCUCUCCAAACUUCAACACCACUGGGGGGACACCAGCAGGAGGCUCUGAUGACUGUGGUUCUUCAUCCCUGGGUCGGAAGGCUCCUGGGCCCAAGGACAGGAUUGUCAUGGAAGUCACACUCAACAAAGAGCCAAGAGUUGGACUAGGCAUUGGCGCCUGCUGCCUGGCCUUGGAAAACAGCCCUCCAGGCAUCUACAUUCACAGCCUUGCCCCUGGGUCGGUGGCCAAGAUGGAGAGCAACCUGAGCCGCGGAGACCAAAUCCUGGAAGUCAACUCAGUCAACGUGCGCCAUGCUGCUUUAAGCAAAGUGCAUGCCAUCCUGAGCAAGUGUCCCCCCGGACCAGUCCGUCUGGUCAUCGGCCGACACCCUAACCCCAAGGUUUCCGAACAGGAGAUGGAUGAAGUAAUAGCAAAGAGCACUUCUCAGGAGAGUAAAGAAGCCAGUUCUUCUCCUGGCUUAGGCACUCCCUUGAAGAGUCCCUCUCUUGCCAAAAAGGACUCCCUCAUCUCUGAAUCUGACCUCUCCCAGUACUUCACCCAAGAUGUACAAGGUCACUUGACGGAUUUCCUGGUUGCUGGCUCUGAGGAUGAGGACCACUCUGGAAGUGGCAGCACAGCAGAGGACACCGUCCUGCCUCCAUCCCCUUCAGCUCCCAAGGAGCCAGGAAAAGCCAGGGCCAACAGCCUUGUGGCUCUUGGAAGCCAGCGAGCCUCUGGGCUGUUCCACAAGCAGGUGACCGUUGCCAGGCAAGCCAGUCUCCCUGGCAGCCCACAGGGCCUGAGAAACCCCCUCCUCCGCCAGCGACGGGUACGCUGCUAUGACGCCAACGAUGCCAGCGAUGAGGAAGAGUUCGAUGGGGACACAGACUGCAUCUCCCUCCCGGGAGCCCUCCCAGGACCCAGCAGGCCCCUGGUAGAGGAUGACACUGGCCACGUCAUAGCGAUCCCUUCCAAAGUCACCAAGCAAGAAGAGCCCCCCCGGAAGGUGCAGGUCAGCAAGGCCUGCUCCGUGCCACUGCUUGGCAGCGCGCUGGACGCAGAAGAGCGUGGUGCAGAGGGAAGGAUGGAAGCUUCUGCCCAGGCCACCAGUCUGCUGGGCUCCACAGGGGCCUCCAGGAGUGAUCCUGGUGGUGCCGGAAAAAAGGAACUGUCAGGAUCAAGGAGUUCACCCAAACUGGAUUACAAAGUCUAUACAGCAAGCCCAGAGAACCCCACAUCCCCCCAGUCCAAGAACGAAAAUCUGGUGUCUAAGCACAAACCUGUGGCCAGGAUCAGUCCACACUGCAAGAGGCCUGAGGCCGAGCCCAGGCCCAGCUGCUCAGACCCCUGCAGGGCCAGUGGGACAUGUGGCCAGGAUUUGAAAGCGCAGAGCAUCACCAGUCUUCAGCCAGGUGGAAUGGUGGAGAAGGGACCUCUAGGAAAGCUGACUCUUGGGGAUGGGCGUGUCUCCACCAGCUGUGGACCAGCCAGUUCUCCAUCCCACCAGGACCCUGGACACCUCACAGAGAACCUGCCAGGAACUGCAGCAGAGGGGGAGCAACACCAUGCAGCUAGACAGGACAGCAAAGCAGACCUCCUCGCUUUCCCUGGAAGAAAGGGGACCACACAUCCUGAUGGCAGUGAGACCUCCGCAGGGCCUGAGCCCGGCGGCCGGCCCCUGAGUCCCAGCCAGCCCGCACCUCCCAGGAUAGUGGAGCCCAAGGUCCAGGACGGAUCUGCAGCGAGUCUCACCCUCGAGGGCACCAUGGCCCAGGAGAAGAAGGCACCAGAUUCCCCUGACUUGGGCAGGACUUGGGCAAGACCUGGAGCCAGCUCAUCCCACACCACUGAGGGGGAGGCCACCAUGCCCAGGGGAGCAGGCCAGCGCACGGAGGAGGUCACGCCAGCCAGUGUCAUCCAGCCCCAGGACCCCCUCCCAUUCCAGGGGAGGAGUCAAGGAACUCCAGGGAGCCAUAGCAAGACCCAGGAAAAGCCAGGAGUCCGGGCCACUAGAAGCCCCCAGGAGAUCACCGUGCUAGAGGACACAGGCGCUGUGUCUGCAAGGACACCACAGGCCAGCACUUCCCCGACAGCCUCCACAGACAGGACCAGAGACGUGUGUGGCGGUGUAUCCUGGCACUGCUGCCCGUCUGGGUGCGGAGACAGCUCUGUGACAGACAUCGACAGCUUCAUCGAGGAGUCAGAGCAUGCUUGGGCAGGGGUCUGCCGGGGUCUGGAGGGCAGUUCUCAGGCCCAGCGGGCAGCAGGAAACGGAGGGGGCAGUGCCCAUGAGGCCCCGGCAGUGGCCAGGGACCCCACACCCCUUCCCAGGCAGGCCUGUGCUGUGGACACAGCCCCACCGGCACAGUGGACCCCCCAGCCUUCCAUCUUGGACUCCAUUCAUCCUGACAAACAUUUUGCUGUGAACAAAACCUCUCUGAGCAACUACUCGAGGAAUCUGAGCAGUUUUCAGGAAGACAGUGCCCCCCUGUCGGGCACGGGGAGCAACACAGAGCGGUCACUCUCCAUGUACGGCGGUGCGGAGGACUCCUCCUCCGACCCCGAGUCUCUUGCAGAAGAAGCCCCUCAAACGGCCGCCAGAAACAGCUGCCCGCCACCCCGUCCACCCGGCUCUCCUCACAAGGAAGAUACUACGGAGUCAGAGGAGGAGCAUAUCGAAAUCUGUUCCACCAGUGGUUGCCCCAACACACCCAGGGGGAUAAACCCAACCCAGCCUCUCGGCCAGGCUCUGCCCUGCCCAGCGCUAGCCACGGUUCUGCCAUUGAAACACAGCGCUCUGAGUGAAUCUGUGGAGAAGCCCUGCGAGACAGCCUGCUUCCUGCUAAGAGGCUCACACCCUUGCAUCCCAAACACGCCCCAGACAUUCUCAAUCGUCCAUCAGAGCUCUCUGGAGCCUGAAACUCACACCGACACAUGUGGUUCACAGCACCUCAGGCCAUUGUACACAGGAGAAGCAGAGGCCACUACUAGUGUUGGCUCUGCUGGGGUGCACAGCCAGACUUUGGGCAUUACCAGAUCUCAUCAUCCCCCGCCAGUCAGCCUCAGCAACCCUGACAUGGUAAAUGGUUUAGGACAGGACCCACUGGAAGAUGAUACUCCAAAGAAACAAGAAACAAAUGCCAAUGCAAGUGACCCCAUGUGCGCCUUCCGUGGGCAGGCCACUAAGAAUGCAGGGUCCACUGUGGCCAACCUCCACCUCUCAGAAAGCCAGGACCUGGGAGACUUGCUACAGAAACCCAAAACCAUCUCCAGGAGGCCUAUCAUGGCCUGGUUUAAAGAAAUCAAUAAAAAUAACCAACUGCAGAGCAAAACCGAGAAGGAACACAGCACAGUGUCAGCCAGAAGUCCUGACUCCAAAAUUCAGACACUGAAUUCAAGCCACAAAAAGGGGGUGGCCAUCCCCAACAGCCCCCCUCUACUGAAAAUGAAUCUAGAAAAUAAAGACACCUCUAAAAAGAGCUCCGUGGAAACACCCGUCAGCAAUGGUCAGAAACCCAAGUGUGGCCCUAAGCUGAAGAAACUGAGCAGCAAAAGCAAAAGCAAAGUUGGCUCCGAGGUCCCGCCUACAAAUUCUGCAAAGGUCAGUGGGACAGACCACAGGAAAUCCCUGACGUCACCCCAGGCCUCCCAAAAAAUGCUCUAUAAGGUGGUAUCCCACCAGUACCACGCAGCUGACCAUGAGGAACCUGACAGUAGCUCUGGGGACAGCCCUACGUCCCCCCAGUGCGUACUGGAUUGCAGGCCGCUCGCAGCAGUCUGUGGGUCACUGAAGCCCUCCUUGUCAGAUACCAGCAUCAGGACAUCCACGUCACCCCUGACCUCCCCCAAGUCCCUGCCCACACACGGUUCAUGCAGUAGGUUCCACGCGGCUGUCCACGCAGAAUCUGACCGAGGCUACCCACCGACUCCCAGGUCCCCUAGGUGUGGACCGGAGGGCCGAGCUCGCCGGGCUGACGCAGGGCCCAUGAGUCCCACAGCAUCAAGGCACAGUGCGACGCAUGAGCAGCGCACGCCCAGCCGAGCAGACGCCACGUUAGAAGAGACCCAACUGACAGGGGCCCAUGGUAAAGAAAGCCAAAGAGUUGCCGGUGAACCCUUGGAAAGAACGAACCAGCUCAAAAUCGUGGACGUUUCUUCUGAAAGGAUGCCGAAGAACUUGCGUGGUGACAAGCCAGCAGAAGGUGGCAGACAGGGAGGGGUCUUGGCCCAGAGCAACUGUCAGGAGAAGAGUGAGAUCAGAUCCCACCCAUCAGUGGCAUCACUGUCCCCCAAUUAUCCAUCCUCCCUCAUGCCCCAGGCUCCCCAAGGCCAGCAGGAUAUGCGACGGUCCAUCAGCAUGGCCAAACUGACCUCCUCCCCACAACUGCCUGCUAGAAAGACAGAUUCCACACAAAGGGGUUCGAGCCAGACAUCAGACUCCCUCAGGACAUCCAAGAACGGCACGGUGACAGGCCCUGAUGGGGAAGAGCACCCCUGCUUUGCACCACGGCCAGCCACCCGGACUUACUCCAUGCCAGCCCAGUUCUCAAGUCACUUUGGACGGGAGAAUGCACCCUCCCACAGCCCCAGCCACCCCCCUCAGGAGAGCCAGGUCUCCAUGAUCAGCGAAACAAAGGCUCCCAAAGGCUGUAUUCUUGGCCUGGCUAACGGACAGGGUGUGUACGGUGCGAAGCCUCUACAGGACACAAGGGCCCUCCCAGCGACGGACCCAGGGGACGUCACCGCCGUCACAGACAAAAUCAAAGUCACCAGGCGGCAUUACUACUACGAGCAGAACUGGCCCCACGAAUCUACCUCAUUUUUCUCUGUGAAGCAGAGGAUCAAGUCUUUUGAGAACUUGGCCAAUUCUGAUCGGUCCAUCGCCAAAUCUGGGGCAUCCUCGUUCUUAUCUGUAAGCUCCAAGCCUCCCAUUAGCAGGCGGUCAUCUGGAAGUAUGGCUUCGGGGAACCCGGGCUACCCCAGUGACACAGCAGCAAGGUCGCUGAGACGCAGCUUGAGUUCGUGCAGUGAAACCCAGAGUGAAGCCGGCACCCUUGUCCCACAAAUGACCAAGUCCCCGUCCAGCAUGACGCUGAUCAUCCCCAGGCCGACGGUGCCCGAGACCAGUCACAAGGGCCCUGAUUCCAACUCAAAGAGAUCACACGUUCCUUCGGGAAUCCCCACCCCGACGGUGACGCCGGCCUCUCCGGUCAAGAGGAACAAGUCCUCGGUGCGCCACAUGCAGCCCUCGCCUGUGUCCCGCUCAAAGCUGCAGGAGCUACGAGCCUUAAGCAUGCCUGACCUGGACAAGCUCUGCAGUGGCGAAGACUACUCCACAGGACCCACUGCCGUGCUCUUCCGAACCCAGCUGGAGAUCGUCCCUAGGAGAUCUCUGGGCUCCAAGGCUGGCUUCCCUCCAGGAGGCCUGACGGGCCUCAAUGCAUCAGCUAUCACCACCUGCCCAGCAAGAAGCUGCCCAACUUCCAGCGCGGCCACAGCGCCUCCUGUGGCCAGUGAAGGAAGGGAGCCCGGCCAGGACCUGUCGCUGGGAAAAAGCUGGUCAGUUAGUUUGGAUCAACUUCUCACCUCCGAGGGAGACCAGCAGAGAUUGCAGGCGGUUUUAUCGGCAGUGGGGUCCACAUCCACCAUCCCAAAUCUCAUUCAGGAAGCGAAAGCACAAUCAGAGGACAAAGAAGAUAUUUUCUUUGUAGUCUUGAAUAAAAAAGAAGGCUCAGGACUGGGAUUCAGUGUGGCAGGAGGGACAGAGGUGGAGCCGAAACCAAUCAUGGUCCACAGGGUGUUUUCUCAGGGGGCAGCUUCUCAGGACGGGACCAUGAACCGAGGUGAUUACCUUCUCUCCAUCAAUGGCUCCUGGCUGGCUGGUUUAGCCCAGGAAGAUGUCUUAAAGGCUCUGCAUGAGGCCCAGCUGCACAAAUGUGCACUCAUGGUCAUCAAGAAGGGGAAUGAGCAGCCCAGGCCUACCCCCAAGCAGGAGCUGCCUCUGGCCAAUGGGAAGGGCACGCUGCCCGGAAAGCAUACCAUGCUGGAUCCUGGAAAUGGGAGAAGCGGAGCUGCUCACGACGCUGUGUGUGUGGAGGUGCUGAAGACAGCCGCUGGGCUGGGAUUGAGUCUGGACGGAGGAAAAUCAUCUGUGUCUGGAGAUGGGCCGCUGGUCAUUAAAAGGGUGUACAGAGGUGGUGCAGCUGAGAGAGCGGGAACAAUUGAAGCUGGAGAUGAAAUCCUUGCUAUUAACGGGAAACCCCUCGUUGGGCUCAUGCACUUCGAUGCCUGGAAUAUCAUGAAGUCUGUUCCAGAAGGACCUGUGCAAUUAGUAAUUAGGAAGCACAGGAACUCUUCGUGAAUUUCAAUGAGCAUCUCCUUUCCUCAGUUCUUGUCUUCUAGCAAAUCAGAAUGACUUCCAAGUGAUAGGUUCUUGAAACAACAGACACUGGUAAAGAGGACUGUAACAAUCUUCACUUGUACGUACACCUGAAGCCUAACCUAUUGUGUCCUGGCAGCAAUGAGGCUGAACUCUGAGGACCUCCACCUGGACAUCUCAGCUGGUGGUCAGUUUGCUCCAGUGCCAGCCCCUUAUAUUUGCAGCAGGGACACAAGAGGUGACUUUGCACUUCUUCAUCUGAAACACCUAGCUACACACCUUCAUAUCCCUCUUGGCACCUCUCCCAAUAUACAGUACUUGGUGAGUAGGAACUGGAGGGGUGACAGAAUGUCACAGUUGAAAGACUUAUCUAGUUUUAUAUAAUUUUGUAACUAAACGACACAGUGCUUUUAGGCAUAUUCAAUGGAAGAAGAGAGCUGUAGGUCUAUAUAUGUUACCCUGAAAAGAAAAUAAGACUUUAAGAUAAAAUUAAUUAUGUCCUAAUUAUUAGGCUGAGCUCAGGAAUUAUCCCAAAAAUAAAAAAGCAAAAUUCAGAAAGUAUUUUUUAACGAGUAUAAUGUAUAGAUGCAGAGUUCAACUCAAUCUAAGAAAUAUUGAUCAUUUUCUAUUUCUAUCAGUUUAAGUCAUGAGGAUGUUUUACAGAAUAACCGUUCAAUCAACUGUAUUAAAUAGCUGUGGGCUUUGCUGCUUAGCAGGAGUAGAAGUUCCUUAUCUGAAAGCACCUUGCAUCUAGUUUUCAAACUUGUCUUAAGUAAAUGAUUCAAUUCCAGACUGAUCAACAAAGAGCAAGCAAAAUUAGCAAAUCACUGGGUUUCCCAUGUCUACAUGUCAUGCACUCCAGCCACUAACUUAAGUUUUUAGAAAUUAAGUACCUUAGUGUACUUGGAUUUAUAAACAUAGUCCAGAUUGAGGCACUUAAAGGAAUCCUCCCAGAGAUUUUUGUUGGUUGGGUUGGUUUCCUCCUAUUUCCCAACACACGAUGAAAUGUAGCAUUUCUAAGCAAUGGGUCUUCAUUUGAUCCUGUUAAAUGGCAGCGCCCUACAGUGAUUGAAGUUCUUGCUGUUUUCUUGCUUUGUAAACUCUUCUAAACGUUUUGCCAAAAAGCAUCAGCCUGUAAGACAAUUGCUGCCGCAUGCUGCUUGUGUUAAGUCCCCAGCUGCCAUGCGCUGCUGCAAAGCAUUCCCAUUCGACAUGUCAUCCCUUGUCACAAAGUUGGCUUUUCUGCCCUCGUACUGUAUUUUCUUUUCUCAAAUUCCAAAGCCCCUUAUCAGCUUCUUUUACCAAAAUGUCACCAGGAGGAAAAUGGAAAAACAGGGUGAGAAACUGUCAAGGUGGAUGAGUGGGUUGUACUGAACCCACAUCCUCAGGCAGCGCAGUCCAGCCCGUCAAGUCCUGGGAAUACGGACGGAGACUGCACUUGUCAUACUUGCGUGCAUGACAAUAUUUUAUGUUGGCAACUUCUUUAAACAACCUACUACUGAGCUCAUGUAGGUGCCCAUGCUGUUGCCUUUGUCAUUUUUCUGAGCAAUCCCGCCAGCCAUCAGGAGUGAGCUCCCUCAGAUGGGAAUCAUUAUCUGGCUCAUUCUCAAGAGAUUAUACAAAGGAAAACAUAGGACAGGGGUUAGCUAGAAAAAUCUGCUUUAGCUUCUACUUUUCAUUGCAGUUAGAAUAGUAUAAGAAGUCAGUGCAAGGUGCAUGCUAGAUUUUCUUUUUUAAGUCUCUGGGGACAGUGUUAUGGUUUCUGCUUUCUUGCCUAUAUGAUAAGAGACUACUUGGAAUCAACACUGAAAACUUUUUUUUUUUUUUGCCUCCACUCUUCAAGCUGUGCCUGUUAAGAAACACACAGUCCUAUGUAGGGAGAGAGCAAUGUGGAGCAAUGAAAGGGUUCCUUCUGAUAGUCUUUAAUCUUCAUCUCAAGAACUCAAGGGUGGACCUCUGGCUUACCGCACUGUCUUAAAGUCAUCAGCCAUUUCUACUAGAUCUUGCCAGAAGGAUUCUAUAAUCAACAGUAGGAAGUUAAAGGAAGAAGCAAAAGCUAAACUGUCUGACACUGAGAUAGAAAGCUAUUUAUUUGUCUUCAGCGUUCAAAGCAUGACUAGUAUUUCUAAUUAGUCUAAUAAAUGCCCACACUUCUUGACUUGAACACUAAUGGUAUUGUCCUACUAAAAUUUUCUUUGUUUUGUUUUUUAAAACUAGUCAGUCAUUCACCGUUAAGCUAUGAGAGUAAAUAUGUGUUAUAACAUGUACAUCGUAGUUGCAAGAAAAAACCGUGAAGGCUGAAGUAGAUUGGGUUCCCUUUUCAUCCUCACACACAUCUCAUUGCAUUGUAUGGUUGACUUAAUUGGCACAUCUGUUGUACAAUAUUAUACAUUAUCCUUUAUUUAUGUAAAAUAAAUGCCUUAUAUAUUAAAGAGUAAGUGCAAUAAUGAAAUAGUCUGUACAUUUUUAAGAGGUUGUUGCCAAGUUAUGUAAAUCCACAUCUCUGUAAACAAUUUUUUAAGUAAUUUUAAAAAUAAACACUCCUUACUACUUG